AUGGCUUCGCCCAAAAUGGCGGCGAAAAUUUUUAUUUUUUGCAGACGAACAAUUUUUAAUCGUGAAAAUUAACAAGACUUCCGACGAUUCAGCCCAAAGUAGAACUAGACGGCAUAUUUCAUUGUGCUGCUUAGAUGCUGAGGUGAAAAUUUAAACGCAGCUCAGUAGUGAGCGUCACAACAUUCCGCCAUGUUGCUGACUGUGGUGAUCAUGUCCAUGGUACUGGGGGCUGUGGUCCUGCUGAUGGUACAGGGACUUCUGGCCUACUGGUACCUGAAGAGGCAGCCGGUAGCAGAGAAACCCAAGAACGAACAGUACGAGAAAGCCAGGCUACAUGAGAACCUUGAGAACCUUCUCCAGGACCUUCAGCCGGACCAGACACGGAAGAAGUCGUCCGAGUCGUGUGAGUGGUUUAACCUGAUCCUGGCCUUCCUGUUCCGCGAGCUGAAGGACACGGGCAGGAUCCGGCGCUGGGUCAACAAGAAGCUGAGCGUGGAGUUCGCCGAGCUGGUGCAGAGCAAGACGGCAGGGAGGGUCAUGGAGAGAAUCAGGCUGAGAGACUACUCCUUUGGUACCACCUUCCCCAUUGUUGAGAAGGCAACUAUCAUGGAUGUUAAGCAGUCCAAAGAUGGCAUGCCUGAGACCAUAGACAUUGCCCUUGAUGUUGACUACAAGGGCGGGUUCCGCCUGGCUGUGGAUGUUGACCUUGUGUUUGGGAGAACAGCCUACCUGUCUGUCAAGGUCACUAAGCUGAAAGGUCGCGUCCGACUGCAGUUCAGCAGAGAACCCUUCUCCCAUUGGUCCUUCUCUUUCUAUGAGGAACCAGAGCUGGACUUUGAUGCCCAGUCCCAGUUUGGCAGCCGAGUCUUCCCCCAGUUAACCUCCAUCAUUAUUAACCAGAUCCGGCGCUCUGUCCGUAAGAAGCACACCCUGCCGUACUACAAGCUGCGUUUCAAGCCGUUCUUUGACUACCAGGAGCAGCUGAACGCUCCUGACGACGUCUAUCUCCAUGACAACAAGGUCACGGUGGGUCAGCUGGAGGUCACCAUCGUGGAGUGUAGCCGUCUCCCACGGGUGUUCCAGGAUUGUGUGGUGUACUGCACACUCUGUAUAGAUGAGUCGACCUGGAACCAGUGGACGGGGAAAAAACGGUCCUUCUGGUUUGCCCAGGAUGUGGAGCUGGCAAAGGGAGAGUCCAAAACUCUGGGCAUCGCCUUCAGAGAUGAGCCCAUUGAAGGUUCCAUGUACCAGCAGGUGGUGGUGGACAGGAUCGACCCCAACACUCCUGUCAGCAGGGUGGACAUCCAAAAGGGUGACAUCCUGCUGACAGUGGGAGGAGUCAGAGUCAUGAACGUCAGUCAUGCAGCCAAACUCAUCCGGCAGGCAGGCGACAAGAUGGUGUUGCGGAUCGAGCGUCACCUUUCUCACAACGUCACCUCCGAUGCUCUGCAAGGUCCGCAUCAGACCUACGAGGAGGACACGGUCAGCCUGAAGGGAAUGGACGCGCUGGACAUCGACCACGACAACUUCCCCGACUCUGACUCCGAAACCGAAGAGUACAUCAACAUCAGCAUCAAGAACCCUGCCGCGGAGGGGAGGGGCAUUUCCAGCAGAACAGCACAGCAGAAGUCUUCUCCGUCCAAAACUAAGGCGAACAUCUCUCCGCUGCUGAGUCGCAAGUUUGGCCUGGGCGGCAGUCAGCAGUCGCCGACUUCCUCCCCCAUCAGGGACCCUGGUGUGAAACCUGCCGUGGAUGAUGCAGACAAAGCGAGGGACACCGCUCACGGAGCAGGCAUUCCUGCCAUCACUGUCACACGAGAGGCCCUUGGAACUCCACGAGGAAGGUCGCACUCAGAUGGGAGUGAGCCGCUCCACGACGUGGCCCUGACUGAUCCUCUUCAUGGAGUGUUUACAGGAGGGGAUGCAGACACCACCGCGGCCUCGCACACUUUCCACGCUGAGGAGGACGCCACCAAGAUCGAGACCAGGGCGACCAGUCCGGUUACUGCUUCUCAAGAACUGUCCUGGGAUGAGACGUUCAUAUUUGACAUUGAGGACGAAGACAAGUACCUGAACAUCUGCAUCUGGGCCAAAGGAGUGGAGAAGGGAGACAAGGAAGAACUCAUCGGACAUGUGAGCAUCUCCCUGAUGGAUGUGGCCCUGCAGUGUCUGACCACCCUGUCUGGGGAGUACCAGAACUGUUACCUGCUGGAACCACCUGAGAUCAGAGCUGCUGCCAGUCGUCACCUCGGUCGUUCCGGCUUGGCGACCCACCCCGGCUUUAACGCUCGUCUGUGCGGAGGUGACGUCACGCUGCGUUUCCACCACACGCCCAGCAUCCAGUGCCACAUAGAGGGGGAUCAGCAGACGGACACCAAGAAGACGCCGGGUUCCUGCCGGACACAGCCCAUCCGACGCAAGUCUGCCUCCGCCCUGGGCAUAGCAGGGCUGGGCUCAGGACUCAGCAUACAGACUGUGAAACAUGAAUUUGAAGAGAAGCAAUUUACAUCUAGGGACACAAGAUGUGACUACUGCAUGAAAAAGGUUUGGACCAAAGUUGCUGCCCAAUGUAGACUGUGUUCCUAUAUCUGCCAUAAGAAGUGUAUUGAGAAGUGUCAAGCUGUGGCAAACUGCUCCAAGGUAUUUCUCCUGCAGAGAAUUGAAAAACAGCCCCGACAGCGCUCCUCUCCCCUGCAUGCCCGUAAGCCGACCACCCUGCACACCGUGGGCAGUGCCCCUCAACUGGUGCCAAAUGCCGGCACCACACAUCAUGCCUCUCCGGUAUUGACAACAUGA